AUGUCCAAAAACGACACCAUCGAAGCCGACCGCGUCGACGACCCCGAGCUCGAAAAGUCCCGGCCCGACUAUGGCAAAGUCGACAAGGAGCUCGCGCAGUAUGUCUCGGACCGGCGUGUCGAGAUUUCCCCCGAGGAAGACACCCGCCUGCGCAAGCUGAUUGACAAGCGCAUUCUGGCGGUCAUGAUCACGACCUAUUUCCUGCAGGCGAUCGACAAGGGGACCAUGAGCUUUGCGUCGAUUAUGGGGAUUAUUGAGGAUAAUGAUUUGCAGAAGCAGGAGUACCAAUGGCUCACAACCUGCAUCUACAUAACCAUCCUAGUAGUGGAAUACCCCCAAAACUGGCUCAUCGCGCGCGUCCCCAUCGCCAAAUACCUCUCCUUCUCCAUCAUGGCCUGGGGCGCCGUCCUCGCCUGCACCGCUGCCUGCCACAACUUUGCCGGCCUCGUCACCGUCCGCACACUCCUAGGCCUCUUCGAAAGCGUCUGCCAGCCCGCCUUCGUCGUCCUCUCCAGCACGUGGUAUAAACGCGAGGAACAGACCGCCCGCGUGACGUAUUGGUACAUGAUGAACGGCGCGCAGCAGAUGGUCGGCGGGCUGUUGGCGUAUUGUUUUUCGUUGAUUACUACCGGCCCGCUCAAGUCGUGGCAGUGGUUGUUUCUGGGGUAUGGGGUCGUGUCGGUGGUGUAUGGCGGGUUUGUGGGGUGGUGGAUGCCGGAUUCGCCGAUGCGGGCCAAGUGUUUCUCGGAGGAGGAUAAGAGGUUGAUGGUGGAGAGGGUCAGGGCGAAUCAGACGGGGGUGCAGAAUCGGGAGUGGAAGAAGAGUCAGGCGUGGGAGGGGAUUAAGGAUCCGCAGGCGUGGGGGUAUGCGUUGAUUCAGUUGUGCACGACGUUGCCGACGAGUGGGCUGGGGAGCUUUCAGGGGUUGAUUAUUAAAGGGUUUGGGUUUACGACGCUGCAGACGCAGUUGUUGGCCAUGGUGCUGGGGGCGUAUAUCAUUAUUGUGUUGUUGAGCUCGUCGUGGUUGGUCAAGAAGACGGGGCAGAACUUGUUGGUUAUGCUGGGGUUUGUUGUGCCCUCCUUCGUCGGCACAAUCUGCCUCAUGACGGUCCCGAUCGAGUCCCUGGGGCAAAAGGUCGGCCUGGUGAUUUGUUACUACAUCACGCUGUCGUUUUGGUCGGCACAGACCCUGGCGCUGUCGAUGCUGUCGCGCAACGUGGCGGGGCAGACCAAGAAGAGUGUUUGUGUGGCCCUGAACUUUAUCGUGUGGUCCACCGGGAAUGCCAUUGGCCCCCAAGUCUUCCUGGACUGGGACAAACCCCGGUAUUUUAUUGCCUUUGCGACGCACCUCGGUUGUUAUAGUCUGCUGGUGAUUGUGAUUAUUGGGCUAAGGUUCUAUCUGAAGCACCAGAACAAGAAGCGGGAUGCGCUGGCGGAAGCGGGAGCGAGUGAAGCACGGGACGACCAGUUGGUGCAUGCGUUUGAGGACUUGACGGACAAGGAGAAUCCGAACUUUCGGUAUGUGUAUUAA